AUGGAGGUCAAAGACCCAUCAACAUUCCAUUUAAUUGGUCAGGAUAACAAAAAUAUUGAGAAUAACCCACGAGCAAUAUCCAGUGAUACUGAGGAUAACUCCAUUUACCUAGCUCCAACUGUUGAGGUUAAAGUCAAAGAAGAGCUUGAUCAUCCUGAGAGUAUGGAAGAGGAAGAUCCACUUUCAUUUUCACCAAACAAUCAUGAUUACAAAAAUUUUGAGAGUAGUUCAGCUUUAAUCACAGACAGUGGUGAUGAUGAUGAUGACACAUUAUAUCAAGGUCCAUCUGUUAAAGUUGAGGUCAAGGCUGACCCAGAGGUGUUUGAGUUUGGUGAAAUGACAGACAGUGAAAAGGACUCACUAAAUUAUGAUGAUAAUUGUAGGAAGAAUGUGAUUGGUGAGGAGAAUCUUCUUAAUCAGAGAAAGCACAUAAAAGGCCGGAAAGAUGAAAAAAAAUUCACCUGUGCAGAAUGUGGGAGAUCGUUUUCACAGUCACAUAAACUCAAAGUUCACAUGAGGACCCAUACAGGUGAGAGGCCUUAUUCCUGCACUGAAUGUCAGAGUAGUUUUGCUGUACCACAUAGUCUCCGAGUGCAUAUGAGAAGUCAUACAGGUGAAAAGCCAUUCAGCUGCUCUGAAUGCGGAAGUAAAUUUGUACUAUCAGGUCAUCUUCGAAAACACAUGAGAAUCCACACUGGAGAGAAGCCUUAUUCUUGCUCUGAAUGUGGAAAUAAGUUUUCCCAGUCUGAUGGACUCAAGAGACACAUGAAAAUACAUACAGAAGGUGAAAAUCUACCACUUGCCCAGUGUGUGGAAGGAGUUUUUCUCAUACAGGCCCUCUCAAGAGGCACAUGA